AGUUUCUAAAAAAUUAAAGAACAAGUAGCUUCUUCCCUUCUAAAAGAAAUUUAUUCUGAUCAAGAACAAAGUCUAGGAGCUCAAGCCAUUCUCAGAACAGGUAAAAUAUUGUUAAAUAAAAAUAGCUGUUAUGUACGUUUUUAAAAUAACAGUUUAUAUUAUAUUAAGGAGGUAAAAGUAUUCAUAUUACUAUCGGUACUCGGGAAAGUGACCAGAGAAAGAUUCCUUAUAAUGAAGUAGAAGUUUUAGUAAAUACCUUAGGACUUAGUCAAUUGAAGUCAUAUGAAAUGUUAAAAACAUUGAGGAGAAGCGGCGUAAAGUUUGAGUCAAACAUAGAGAAAGCCCUGGAUGAAAAAAGUAAACUACUUUCCAACUUUUAUGUCACUGAAUUAUUAGACUUUCAAGAAAAGGAAAAAGAUAAUGACUACGCUACAGUGAAGAGACACUUGGUAUAUAUUGAAGAUAUUACAACAUUUUUGGAUUUUGUAAUGAAAUAUCGAGGGAAGGUUCCACAAAACACAUUUGUAAAGGUUGGAAUAGAUUCAGGUGGAGGAUCACUGAAAGUUAUAGUAAAUCUGUUUGAUCCAACCAAGGACAGGACAGAAGAUAGCAGCUCCUUAGGAUCAUACUCAGGAGCAAAUACGUCACUUGUUUUAGCUUAUUGUGAAAGGGUAAGUGAGAAUCAUUCUAACAUGACAAUGAUUGUGGAAAAAUUAAAAUUGCAUGAAUGCAAGUACUCAUUGGCUUCUGACAUGAAGUUAAUCAACAUAUUGCUAGGAAUUUCGGCUCAUGGAGGAAAGUAUGCAUGUGCAUGGUGUGAAGGCUCUUCAGAAUUAUUUUCUGGAGAGUUAAGAACAUUUCAAUCUUUGAAUAAUUACUAUGAACUGUAUUCAUCUGCAGGAUCUCCGGUGAAAAGAAUGAAAGAAUAUAAGAAUGUCAUUAAUCCUUGUCUGCUUAAGAUAGAAGACAAAUCUCUAAGUAUAAUAAGAGAGAUUCCAUUACCAGAACUUCACCUUCUGAUGGGAUUUGUUAACCAUGUGGCAGAAUUUAUAAUGCAACUUUGGCCUGGAUUUAUAGAUUGGGUCAAGAGCAUUGGAUGCCUUCGAAAAGGUUACCAUGGAGGAACAUUUGAAGGAAACACGUGUAGAGAGAUACUUAAAAGUUGCGACACACUUGAGUUGAUAAUUCCUGUUGAACUGUAUCCUCUCUUAGAAACAAUGAGAAAAUUUAAUAAGGUUGUUCAUGGUGUCUUUAGCUAUAAACUUGACCCAAACUAUUCAAUUUUAAUUGAAAGUUUUACACAAAGCUAUAAGGAUGCACAAGACUAUUGCAGAGAGUUUUUAGGUAAACAACUCACGGUUACUUGGAAAGUACAUGCUGUAACAGCACAUCUGGAAACAUUUGUUGAUUUGAGUGGCCUUUCUCUUGGGCAGUUUAAUGAGCAGACAUCUGAAUCUUGCCAUUCCAAGAUGAAAAGUGUAAUAAACAGGUUUGGAGUCUCGCAGUACAGCAACAAACACAAAGAAAGAAGCAAAAGAAUUGCUGAAGUGUUCACACGUUUUGCUCAUUACGAACAAGUUAUAACUAACGUAGAAGGUACAGAUACCGUUACCAUAAAUUUAGGAAAUAUAAAAACAGCUGUCAUGGUACCUCAUUGUGUUUUGUUUUCUGUUCAAUCAAAAAAAGAAAGCGAUCAUCUUACUAAAACUUCUAUGACACCUGUUGAAAUGGCUUGCACUAUAAUUAAAAAAAUUACUUUUCAUAAUUUUAGAAGAACUUUUGUCAAUUCUUCAGGUGACACUUAUGUAAUUGAUUUAGAAAACAAAGUAGAAGAUCAACAAUUAUGUUAUCGUAGUUAUGUUACUUGGUGUAAAAGAAAUACACCUUCUACUCUUAAUAUUAAUAAUUGUGCAGAUUUUUAUACAAGUGACGAUGACAGUUUUAUUAGAAAUCUUAAUGAUUAUUUCAGUCAAACGCGUAACAUAACAGAACCUUUAGCUAUUGACACCACAAGCGAUUAUAAUUAUGUUAACGACAAACCUCCGGCUACCAUUCAAGGAAACAAUUCUUUACAAAUUACUGUUGAUUUUGUUACCCCGUUUCAAAGGUCUCAUAACUCUGUACCUUCAACAUGCAGCACAACUGAAUCAAACUGGAACAGGAGAAGAUGA